UUCCAGCAUGGCAGUGGACUGGCUCGGCUUCGGCUACGCAGCCCUGGUGGCAUCGGGAGGGCUCGUUGGCUAUGCAAAAGCAGGUAGUGUCCCAUCGCUAGCUGCUGGCCUUUUCUUUGGGAGUUUGGCUGGACUGGGUGCCUAUCAGCUCUCACAAAAUCCAAAUAAUGUUUGGAUUUCUCUGAUUACAUCUGGAACACUGACUGCCGUCAUGGGAACAAGAUUUUACAACUCUGGAAAAUUCAUGCCUGCAGGGCUAAUUGCUGGUGUCAGUUUGUUAAUGGUUGGAAGAUUAGCACUGAAGAUGUUGGAAAAGCCCCUUGAUAAGUAGCGGUUCAUUUUACAGUUUAGUAUCUGGAUAAGGAAACCUGAUGAUGAAGUUGUAAGAGUGCAGAAGCAAGAAGAUGGAACAAUUUUCUAUAUCGAGACAGGAUUUUUUCCUUUUUUUUUUUUUUUUUUUUUUAUAUAACAGGGGAGUGGAAUGAGUUAGUUACAUACAAGGUGCCAUUUGUUUCAGUGAUCUGGUGGAGCUAUUAUUGUGUCGUGAGAAACUGGUCCUGAUUUUUCCAGACACAUUUCAGUGUAUUUUAACACUUCCAGUUUUUAUAUUCCAAAAUACACUGCUGACAAAUAUGAAGAGAGGACCUGUAAUUAGGAAAGUAUCCACUAAGAGGCACCAGGAGUAACUGGCUAAAUACGACAGUGUAAGUCUUUCAUACUGAGUAUUCCAGUGUGCUUUACCCCUUGCGUUCCGAGUUGAUACACUAUGUCUGUAUAACACCCAACAGAUCUUACCUUUUUAUUAUGAAAUGAUGCUACGAUGUUGCUUUUCUAUGAAUAAAAUGUGUUACAAACCUUUA